GACUGUAUGGUAUGUGGGCUGGUCACAAAUCCCAUGUGGUCCGACAUCACUGACAUGGCGGAAUCCCCCUCCGAACCCGCCUGGUAGUUAUUCCAGCUCGCUCAGUCUCUCCAGCCAGGCGGGGAUUUAUCGGACUGCCGGUCGCCUCCCUUCCCUUCUUCCCUUCCCUUCUUCCCUCCGAAGGACCGACGACAGCAGGGCAUUUUUUUUCCUCGCGCGCAACCCCCCAGUUUCCAGCCCCAAGGAAGCCCACAGAGGAAAAUUCUCCAUGAAUGUACGUCACAAUGAUGAUGACCGACCAAAUCCCACUGGAGUUGCCAUCAUUGCUGAAUGGGGAAGUAGCCAUGAUGCCUCACUUAGUCAAUGGAGAUGGAACACAACAAGUCAUUUUUGUUCAAGUUAAUCCAGGAGAAACUUUUACCAUAAGGGGUGAAGAUGGAACUCUUCAGUGCAUUCAAGGACCUGCAGAGGUACCCAUGAUGUCCCCCAAUGGAUCUAUUCCUCCCAUACAUGUGCCUCCAGGUUAUAUAUCACAGGUAUUAGAAGACAGUACGGGCGUUCGAAGGGUGGUUGUCACGCCUCAGUCUCCAGAGUGCUAUCCUGCUAGCUAUCCUUCUGCCAUUUCUCCAACGCACCACUUACCACCAUACCUCACUCAUCAUCCUCAUUUCAUUCAUAACUCUCAUACAGCUUUCUACCCGCCUGUUACCGGGCCUGGAGAUAUACCACCUCAGUUUUUUCCUCAGCAUCACCUUCCGCCUACCAUUUAUGGAGAGCAAGAAAUCAUAUAUGGAAUGUCAAGUUUCAUAAACCGGGAAGAUCAGUACAACAAACCACAGCACAAAAAAAUCAAAGACAGGCAGAUUGAUCGGCAGAACCGUUUGAACAGCCCUCCAGCCAUCUACAAGAACCAUCCAGCAUGUACGACAGUCUACAAUGGUACCCUCAAGACUCAAAACGGGGCCACCAAUGGAGCAGGAGGCAUCGGAGGCAUAAGCGGAGGGGGGAUGCCAGUCAUCAAAAAGGCAGAACGCAGAGCAAGAAGCAGCCCCAAGACCAACGAACAGGAUUUGCAUGAAUGUGACACAGAAACAAAGAAAGUUCAAGAUGUUCUCUCUGGAAUUGAGAAACCACAGGUGUCAAACAUUCAAACUAGAACAGUUUCGCUCACUUGGUCUCCUCCAAAUGGUCUUUCAAGUGAAGAUAGACUCAGCAAUGGUUUGCCUUAUACUUGUACUUACGAAGUUGCCUUAUCAGACAAAGGGAGGGAUGGAAAAUACAAAACAAUCUACAGUGGAGAAGAAUUGGAAUACAAACUGAAAGAUCUUAGGCCUGCAACAGAAUAUCAUGUCAGGAUACACGCUAUGUACAAUUCUGUGAAAGGAUCUUGCUCAGAACCCGUCAGUUUCAUCACCCGUAGCUGUGCUCCAGAAUGUCCUUUUCCACCCAGACCUUCACACAGGACCAAAAAUUCCUUGACUUUGCAAUGGAAGGCCCCAAUUGACAAUGGUUCAAGAAUCACCAGCUACCUUUUAGAGUGGGAUGAAGGGAAAAGGAGUAAUGUUUUCAGAGAAUGUUACUUUGGGAACCAAAAACAUUACAAGGUGACAAAGCUGUGUCCUGCUGUGGGUUACACAUUCCGAUUAGCAGCUCAGAAUGAAAUAGGCAUAAGUGGCUUUAGCCAAGAAGUUGUAUGCUACACUUCAGGAAACAUCCCUCAGACCCCUUCAGCACCAAGACUGGUCCGUGCCGGGGUUACAUGGAUCACACUGCAAUGGAAUAAAGCAGAAGGUUGCACACCAGAAGAAGUGAUUACCUACACCUUGGAGAUUCAAGAAGAAGAUACUGAUAAUGCAUUUCAUCCAAGGUACACUGGAGAAGACCGAACCUGUACUGUGAAAAAUCUUAAAAGAAGCACACAAUACAAAUUCAGGCUGAUUGUCUCCAAUGUAGAAGGGAAAAGUAGUCCUAGUGAUGUCAUGGUCUGUACCACAAGCCCAGACAGACCAGGGCCUCCCUCCAGACCAAUUGUUAAAGGGCCAGUAACAUCUCAUGGCUUCAGUGUGAAAUGGGAGCCUCCUCAGGACAACGGUGGUUCGGAAAUCCUAAAUUAUCUGUUAGAAGUUUCAGAAGGAAGCUGUGAAGCAAAUCAGUGGGAAGUUGCAUAUAGAGGACCUGCUACCGAAUGUACGUGUGCAUACUUGAAGUCAGGCACUUUGUACAAGCUCCGGGCAUGCUGUAUUAGCACUGGUGGACACAGUCAGUGUUCUGAAAGUUUACUUGUUCGUACGCUAAGCAUUGCUCCAGACCAGUGUCAACCACCCAGAGUGCUUGGAAAACCAAAGCAUAAAGAAAUACAAUUGCAGUGGGAUGCUCCCCCUGUAUCAGAAAGUAGCAGUCAUAUCUCAGCAUACAGCGUAGAAAUGACUGGACCUGAAGAGGUGGCCUCGGAGGUCUAUCAUGGUCCAGACCUUGAAUGUACUGUCAGCAAUCUUCUGCCUGGAAAAACGUAUCAGUUCAGAGUGAGGGCUUUGAAUGAUGGAGGGUAUGGGACUUACUCUGAAGCUGCAAAAAUUACUACAGUGGCUGGGCCUCCAGGCCAGUGUAAAGCACCUUGCCUUACCUUCCUUUCAGAUUCAAGUGUACUUGUGAGCUGGGAGAGUCCUGAGAGUUUUGGUGCUGACAUCUCAGAAUACAGGCUGGAGUGGGGAGAAGACAAAGGGAAUUUAGAACUGGUGUAUACUGGCACAGCCAAUUCCUUUGAAAUCCACCAACUCUCAGCCGCAGCACACUAUUUCUGUAGACUACAGGCAAUAAACCAGGCAGGAGCAGGAUCAUACAGUGACCUGGUAUCCUGCAGAGCCCCGGCAUCUGUUCCUGAGGCUGUGACCAUCCUCUACGUAUCAGAGGAUGAGCACCUGGAUGCCUGUCCAAUGCCUGUUGUAUGCCUCGUAUUGAACUGGGAGGAACCGUGCAAUAAUGGGUCUGAGAUUGUAUCUUACAAUAUCGAACUGGGAGAUAGUAUUUUGUCAGUGGGUCAAGUCACAACUUACGUAAUUGAGGACCUGCCUCCAGAAACCACAUUCCGGCUCCGGAUUCAGGCCGUCAACGAGGUUGGAGCUGGGCCUUUUAGCCACUUCAUUGCAGCAAAGACCCGGUCGUUGCCACCUUUACCCCCUCGGCUAGAGUGUACUGCAGCAGGUCCCCAGAGCCUGAAACUGAAAUGGGGGGAGAGCAGCUCUAGACAGCAUGCUACUGAUGACAUGGUCUAUCUCUUACAAAUAGAGGACAAGAACAAGAGGUUUACUUCAAUCUAUAGGGGGCCUAGUCAUACUUACAAGGUACAACGGCUGAUGGAAUAUACCAGCUAUGCUUUUAGAAUACAAGCUGUAAAUGGUGCUGGGGAAGGGCCUUUCUCAGAAGUCUUUAGCUUCAGCACAACUAAAUCUAUCCCCCCUGUCAUUAAAGCACCUCGAGUGAGACAGUUAGAAGGAAACACCUGUGAAAUUGCUUGGGAAACUGCACCCCCAAUGAAGGGAGACCCUGUGAACUACAUUCUGCAGGUCCUAGUUGGCAGAGAGUCUGAGUACAAACAGGUGUACAAGGGAGAGGAGACAACGUACCAAAUCUCAGGCCUUCAGGUGAACACAGAUUAUAGAUUUCGUGUGUGUGUUUGCCGCCGAUGCUUGGAUACCUCACAAGAACUUAAUGGACCUUUCAGCACUUCUGUUGCCUUUAUUCUCCAGCGGAGUGAGCUCAUGCUUACUGGGGAACUGGGAAGAACCGAUGACCCCAAGACUAAAUGUAUGAUGCCUUCUGAUGAACAGUUUGCAGCCCUCUUAGUCCUUGGCUUUGCAAGCGUCUCCAUCUUAUUUGCUUUUAUACUACAGUAUUUGUUUAUGAAGUAGAGAGUUCAACACAAGUAUCUGAGGUAUCGUUUUAAUUAAUGCUUCAUACUAUAAUCAAUAUGUUUUAUUCAGAUAGUCCUCUUUAUUUUUUCAGUGCAUUUGUUUCUGGUUUAUCGUUGGUUUUUUUUAAGGGGUGACCGGGGGUGGGUGGGAAGGACAGUCCUAUUUAGAAAAUAAAAAUCGACGUUCAGGUGCACCUUUUGGACAUUCAAGGUUAGGAAAUGGUUAAAUAUAUCCAAGCCAGAGACCAAAACAAAUAUUUGACAUUUGGAUGUUCUGUUCCCUGCUCCUAUGAUUUUAUUCACUUACUCGAUUUUUUAUUUUAUUUUCAGAAUGUAGAAAUGUAACCAGUUUGCCUUCACGUUUUUGCCUUAGUGCUAAACUUGUUGCAGUCUUUAAGUUGCAAGUUUAUUACAUUAGAGUAACCGCUUUAAGCUCCUCUGAAUCUGCAAAAUUUAACCAUCAUUAUGUAAUAGUAUUGCAGGUAAGCAUUCCGCAAUGCAUUUGUUGCACAAGUCGUUAAUUAUAAAUAUCACAUACAAUAUUCACUACAUUUAUUUUCUCCUCAACCCUCAUACUGCCAGUUUUGCAUUGUUUUUGCAUUAUCCCCAUACGGGGAGGGAAAAAAAUUAAUCUCAAUUAUGUAAUCAACUAUAUUUUUAGCACAUUUCAAUCCCGAUAAUUUAUCUUGCAACCUAAAGUCUUCUUUGAAUUGUAAACUUUUUACUCAAGCUGUUUGCGCACUAUAAAUUCCUGUAUAUCAAAUCUGAUAGCCAGAUAGCUUUAUCGAUGGAAGAGCAUUACCAUUUCUACCAUUUUCUUUAUUUUAUAGCAGUAAUUUUAAGAGGGCAUUGUGCAAUAGUUAUUCCCCAUGUCCAGCUGUUUUUAUUUUGUUUAAAGAAAAGCUGCUUUUAACUAGUUUGUUUGCCUUUGUAUAUAAACUUACUUUUUAAUCCAGUCACUAGAUUUGUUAUAUUCAUCGUGAUCUUGUGUGUUUAUAACUGGCGAAAGCUUGCUGCCUUUGCUAUUUAAAUUAGAUGAUUUACCUUUUAUCAUAAGCAAACUCUCAAUCAGCCUUGUUAAGAAAAAGGUCCAGCUGCAUUUCAGUUUUGGGGAAAAAACAUGGUAAACUCAUAUAGGCAUCUCAGAUGCUAAAUACUGUAAUUAGAGCUGACAUUAAAAGGUGCCAUUUCUUCCAUUUCCUCCUCCUCCUCCUUUCUUCUUAAUAGCAUCUCCUAUUACAAACGAUGUCAUGUAAUAUCCUUUCAUUUCCCUCUUCAACUUCAUUAGCUGCUGCCUUCAGAAGUGACGGUGGGAGGGACACCGUAGUUCACAUGACAACGCACUACGCACACUGUCCUAAUAAAGCAAAAGAAGCAUAACAGUGCUGUGUUGCAAAGCAUCAACCUCAAGCAUUAUUGAUAUUUCCAGCAAUGCCUCUGAGAAGUUCUCCAGAACUUCACUGAAUGGCUGGUGACUACAAACCAGUGCUGGCUUUAUCUUCUGGCAAUUGGACGAUUGGCCACUAUAGUUUGUGAAUGUCUUUAUCACACACUCAAAAUUCCAGGAAUACUCACUGGCCUUCCAAUUUUGGAAUUUCCUGUAGUGGCCAUGGCCAAAGGGAAAAGACAAGGAGGAGAUGUGGAGCAGCUGGUUUCAACAGCAGCUGCAGUCUUGACACCUAGCUCUAGUUUCAGCUAGUGUUCAGAUGAUAAGAGUAGGGUGUGGUCCAUUGCAAACUUAGUGUCAUUCCUGUAUGGGACAUUGUAUGUGCUUUUACAUCAAUUUCCAAGGCACGUUCAUUCAGUCCAUCAAAACUCUUGGUUAUUCUUCUUGUUUUAAGAAAAAAAACAACUUUGAAUCAUUGGGUUAGUUUUAUGAUGUCUAAGUGCCUCAGGGAUAUUAAGCAGGAGGUGUAAAGUAAAUUACACGUGGAAAUGCACAGAGCUGCAAUCCACUAGGAACCUCUUCCAAAUUAUGUUGUUACAACUGGAGAGGCAUUGCUACGAAACUCUGUUGACUUCCAUCGAACAGAGGUGCACAAUGAUAUGAACCCUCUCCACCAAGCCUCAUAAAAGGCCCCCUGUGGAGAUUUUCAAUGUUAUUUUUUUUUAAGUACCAGAAUGGAGAGGGACUGGUUAGUAAUCAUAUCAGCUCUAUUUAAUUUUUAAGCCAAUUGAACUAAAAUGUGCACCCUUUCCUUAAAUGCCUGUUCAGGAAAAACAAAAAUGUGAUCCAGCAGUUCCUGUUCUAGCUCUGCAUGAAUUGGAAGAAUUCUCAUGAAUUGUGUCCCAGACUUCGUGUACCCUUGCAUUCAAACAAACAAAUAGUUCUGUAUAUUUUUUUUUUAUCUUCUUUGUGUUUGGCUUGCAUUGUACUUUUUUUUUUUUGGUCUUCUCUUUUGCUAUGACACAGGGCAGCGCGAUAGCUCAGUGGUUAAGAUGCUGGGUUUGUUGGCUGGAAAGCCGACAGCCCAGGGUUCAAGACCCGAGCAUUCCGCAACAGGGGGGAGUACCCGUCUUUGCCUAGCUCCUGCCCACCUAGCAGCUCGAAAGCAUGCAAAUGCGAGUAGAUAAAUAGGUACCACUUUGGUGGGGAGGAAACAGUGCUCUGCGACGUCAUGCUGGCUGUAUGACUGCGGAAAUGUCUUCGGACAGCGCUGGCUCAACGGCCUCGAAACGGAGAUGAGCGCCACCCCCUAUAGUCGGCAACGACUAGCGGAGUUAAAAUCUGCAGGGACUCCUUUCCUUCCGUUCUUUGCUAAAAUACUGUGUCCUGUAUUAUCCAUUCCUUCCCAUAACCAAAGUAAUGGGGAAACCAACAUUAUUUUUGUUUUAGGAUUAUUUAUACUAUAUACUGCAUUCAGUACUUUAAAAUGCCAAUUAAAGUGCAAUCUCAUUAUUUAUUGUAAAAAAAAAUAAAAAGUGUACUUAUGUACUAAAUCUCUCCCCUUCCCCUCCUCUCUGAACCCUAGCAGCAUACUAUUUUUCUAUUUUGUUUUAUGUAAGUAUAAUUUAGGUAAAAUAUUUUCAUUUCCCCAGCACCGUUCCUAGUAUUAACCUUCUUAUAGUAUAUUGUAUGUUUAAAAAAUGGGAGUGUUUUAUGAAUUGCCAAAAAAAAAAAAGAAGAAGAAGAAGAAGAAAAGAUAAAUGUACCCAAUAUUUCAUGCACGCAAAUAAAAAAACUUGCGGGACCACAUCCAUUCCAUCUGCGGUACAUUAAAAACAAUCAUCUUCAAAGUUUACAUGUAGCCAAAAAAAAUCAUAAGCAUCUUUUGAAAUAAUAGUUUGAAACUGAUUAUUCUGUGUGCCUCUCUUGAUGUAGCAAACUAGUACAAAGGUUCUGUAUUUUCUUUCCUAAUGUUAGUAUGCAUAUUUGCCUAGCAAACAAAUGAUAUUGAGCUAUUUUGUUUUUUAAAUUUCCUCUUCCCGCUGGCUCCAGUUUUGGCCUUGACAAAUGUGGUAUUGUUGUCGUUGUUUAAUUCAACUUUAUUCCUUUUUAUAUAAUACUUGGUUGUUUUCAAAUAUAAAAUUAUUUUUUAAAAAAACGCUGGCAAAAUUUUAAAGAAUGUAGAUAGCAUUAGCUGGGCUUUGAUUUCAUUUCAAUCAGGAACAAUUAACUAAGGAGUCCUUGGAAACCUCUUAGUUGUCAUGGCUCUGAAAUCCUUUCCAUUUUUCUGGAUCGGGGGCAAUCCAUCUGGAAAGCCACACCUUUGUAAAACAGCUGUUGUCCCUUUUACCGUGCCUUGUGAUUAUCAGCCCACUGUCAUAACAAUCCCUACCCUUUUUGGCUUGAGCAGAAAAUUACUGCACAUGCUCUCAAAGUUUGUGGGCAAAAGUCAAUCAUGUUGACUGGUUGUUGAGACCUUUUGUUGGAAGUUUUCCUGUUGAUUUCAAUGGGAUUAAUGCCGGGGGUCAGCGGAAGUGGAGAACACAACUCUGUCCGCAGGAAAUGGAGGGAGAUUCCCAUCAGAGCAUUCCCAUCUCUGGUUUCAAGAUCAAUAUUUUCUCUCCCUUAUUUUUAAGGGAGGGAUUUAAUUACACCAGCUGAUGGAUUAGAAUAAUUUCGUCUUUUGAACUAAAUUGUAGUCCUGUUGGCCUUUCACAAGGUAAUGAAGACAUAGGGAGAGUGGGUAUUAGUUGGGAGUUCCACUGUAGAUGUAUAUGCCUAACUGGUUGUCUUUUUGUUGAGUCUCAAUGCAGUUUAAGUUGACUUUGUUUUAAUGUAAUUUUUUUUCCACUGCCCAGAGUUCCUCAGAUAGAUGAACAGCCAUAUAAAUCCAAUGGAUAAAUAAAUGUGAGGGUGAUCAGGUGUGACAUCUGUCACCCCAUUGAUUAGCAGAUUUCAUUUGGCUGAUCUGUCUGGCUAGGUGGAUGUCCCCCUCCUUCCUUAUCAUUCCACGUUUUUCUUUCCUGAAGCUGUGCUGGGUGAGACAAGACAAGCAUCCCAGAUGGGAGUGUAUCAUCUUCGGCCAAUAAAUAAGGAAGGAGAAGACUAGGAACAUGGGGACUGCCUUUACUGUGGUCUCAGUGUUGGCAGAGAACCAAUCCUGGGAGGGAUCAUUUUGAUCCCAUCCAGAGUAAAUCUCUCUCCAUCAAUAAGAAAGUUCACCCAAUUUCUAGUGCUCCCGUAAACAAUCGUGAGGAGAACGUGGGAUUGCUUCUCUAAUCCAGAGCCAACCAUUUAUGUGUUUAGACAAAGAACAUGAUUUUGUGCAAGAUUGAAGAAAAGUGACCUGAAGAAAGGUCAGGUGCGUUUCAUAUUUUUAUUGUAGUUUCCACAUCUCCCCCUUUGUGUAUACUUACCGCGCACAGCCCAAUGCAUUUUAAUUGCCAAGUUAGAUUGAAUCAGAUAUCAUUGGUUACCUUGUAGCCCCUUUCUCUAGCAGGCCAAUUUUUAAUGCAACCAUUCUGUAAAAGAGAUCAUUCCACCCAUUCCUGUUCCAAUUUCCAUAACUUUCAGUUUAUGGAAAGAAAGAAAAUGCUUUCUAAUACCUUGUAUGUCUUUUCUGGCCCAGUCAGUAUCGGCUGUGUGAAAUCAACUUCCCUUGUCCCCAGUUUUGUGUAAAGAAAUUGUAAAAAAAAAAUAAAAAAAUAAAAA